AUGGCGCACCCAGCGCCCGGAAUCGUAGCAUGGACAACCUCUAUUCGCAUGUCUAUGGCAAAGGAUCCAUGUCGGCAAUUAUUCGAAGACCAGAUCCAAACACACGGCUUUAUCUUCUUAGACGAUUACCUCGAGAAUAUCUUAGCUGGUCCAAAGCAAGAAGCAAUCAUCAAUCUCGUCAAGACACCCGCUCGAAAGAGAACCGCGCCUAAGCGAACCAAAGCCACUUCAGCAGUCGCAAAGGUGCAAAAUUCUACCCUUUCGUCUCUCGAGGAGGAGGACAUGAGCCAGGAGAAUCAGCCACCUGUCAACAGCUUUCAUAAAGCCCUCCUUCACGCCAAGCAGAAUGCGGAAUCCAUGCGUUCUCAUGCAGACAGCAACUGUGCCGAACAAGUUUUCCCGCACCCCAAGCCCGCGGGCUCGAUUGUGGGCGAGCAUGACAGUCAUGAUCUGAAUCAAGAGGACAUGAUGGUACCACCCCUCGACGCCUUACAUUCUAUUCCCCUUGAUUUACCGACCCACGCUCGAGAGCCACGCACUGGCAAUCACACCCAACCACUUCCACAGAUAACAGCAGCCAGCUCUCCGAUCACGCAUGUUAGGGAUGCAUUGACUGCUCCGCUGCCCAUUUUACCUGCGUCCAGCUCUGCUCCUGAGUCAACCGUUAUGGUAGUUCCACUUAACGACUCGCCAUCUCGGAAUCUUGCGCAUAAGAGCAGCGCAACGCAAUUUCCAACACUUCGCGCUCCAUCUCCGCUACGUAAGUCAAUGCGUGUCGUAGUAGAACCAUCUACAGGUGCUGGGGUUCUCGCGUCAGCUGCUCCAGUACAAGCGCAACCUUCCGCACUGGGUAAACGUACGUCGUGGCUAAUGAAGGCCAGAGAGGUGAAAGCCAUGGAAGGCAUUGUCCAUAACAAGACAAGCAUUCUCGGCCCUGGUACUGGCACAAUGGGUCCCUCUGGCACAAUGGGUCCCUCUGGCAAUACUGUCGCUCCUUUGAAGCGGAAAAGUAGCGACAUGGCUGCUGCACCUUUGGCUCCAGAUAUGACCGACGAGGGGCGUAGAGCCAAAGUAGCCAAGGCCUCCAAGUCCGAUUCUGCUCCGCAAAAUUUGAAGGACCCACCUCUGAACCAGGGGACAGCUAUGCCAACUCAGGCUCCUUCAUCCAUUCUGGCGCCGACUGGAGCUGUGCAUCUUCCUGAGGAGCACUGGGAACCACUGAACGAUAAAGAGGAAGAUGCUAGUUUCAUUGGGGUGUUUAAACGUACAGUUGAAGGUCUUGGUGCCCGCGCGGGCAAAAGCAUGGGGAAGUCCUUUGGUGGUGGUGUGGCAGCCGCUGCACUUGCCGAAGCUCGUGCUGCUGCGGAAGCAAGAGUAGCGGAGAGGAACAAACUUAAUGAAGAACAGCUCACAGAGUCAGAGGACUCUUCCGCACUAGAGGCUAAAGAACCCCAGCUGGCGACUGAGAACGUUAACCCAAGAGAAUCAGAACGCAGACUCAGUAUCUCUGACAUUGUCUCUACCAAUGAGAGCCCAGUAGCCCUCCAUUCUACAUCUGCAGCGGAUGAGAGCGUCUCAACAACCCCGCCCAACUCCCCACCACCCACUCGUACUUCUGGCUCCGGCUUCGUUCCUCCUCCUGGUCCAGUGUUUAACAGGCAACCUCCUCCCGUGUUCAUGCCUCCUCCUAUCUUGAAGCAUGUUGCUCCUCUCGCCAAAGAAUUCUCUUUCAAUUUGCCGACAUCAACCUUUACGCUUCCUCCGCCAAUAUCACUGAGUCUAGCAGCAAAACUUACAUCGUCUCCUUCCUCACGUCCUGCUCCACAAGUCGGCGGUACGCAUCAACUUUCACAAGCAAGCACAUUGUCAGAUGCUGUCUUUGAUCAAGUGGAAGAUAUUCCAGCCUGGAUGCCCUCUACCCAAGACACUGAAUACACAGACGGUUCAGAGUCCCAGAUUCAUCGGACAAAAUUCGCUACACCUGAAGAUGACGAUGACGAUAGUUGGCCCCUUGAGGAGAAGUUGGCUGCAAGCGAGCAGGGAUGGACUCCUUUUAAUUUCAAUAACAAGGAGGACAGCAUGACAUGGAGUACACUUCCUACUGAAUCUCAGGGACUCACCAGAACCAGAAGUGACCUGACUGGUAAUUCAGUGAAGAAUGCGGUGCAGCAAGAUGAAGGACCCGUAAUCCCCAGUACCUUCCCCAUGGAUAUAGAUCGUGACGUUGCUCAACUUCAGGACAAUGAAUCCAAUGUCUCUGAACCAGAAGCCGACCACGAGUCAAUUAUGUAUACGAGCGAUCUGGGUGAUGUCCUCAAGGCUGGCCAGCUUACUUCCGGUGUCAUUCCGCGGAGCGAGAGCCAAUUAUCCAUAGCUUCGACAUCUUCCUCUUCCCAGCAGUCACAGGCUGGAUUCUUCAGUCAAGCCACAAAACUCGUCAAUAGUAUGCUUGGUACGGGCAAAAAGGCCAAGCCAGAGGUCAAGAGCCUCCAGCUUGCAGCUGUCGCUGCGAAGAAGCAAGAAGAAGAAGCUAACAAAAAGGCCACCCGUCUCAAGGAGAUGGAAGCGAGGCGUCAGGCAGCGCUUGCUCGCAAGGCAGAUGAAGAAAAGUUACGCGCUGUUGAGGAGGAAAAGAAGAUCAAGGAGGAAUCCGAGAAGCGCAAACGUGAGCGCGACGAGACUACGGAAAAGCGGCCUCUCAAGACCCCUGCUGUGCUUAAGAAGACAGAAGAAGACGCGACGAAGAAGCGGAAGAUCACCAUCGACGAUAAGAAACCCGACGUGAAAAAGCCGCCUUCAAAAGACAAGAAAGAUACCCUUCCUUCCAAGUUGGCGAAAUCCAGUUUGGUUACUCCUGCAGCAAAAGUUGCGUCUGCUUCCAAGAACACAAAAGUCCCCGCAUCAUCUGCGCUUGUAUCUUCUGCCACUUAUAAUGCAUCACAGAAUGCCGCCGGGUCAUCUGCAGUUAAACCCGCAGCUACCGAAGUGAAAUCCACUAAAGUUGGUCCUCCCAAGGGAAAGGCUAAGGCUGCACCACAGGAGAACGAAGAUAAGCUUCCCUCCGCCAUGGUGCAAAAUCAGAUGGCAGCGCGUGCAAUGGCCCAGAUACGUGCAGCUAAGCAACAGCCACCUGAAGUUCCGAGCGAGAGUAUUGAACUUCCUGACAUCAACAGCGAAUACUCUGACUCGGAAGAUGAAGAUCGGCCGCGGACGUUUGAUCCUCCUGAUUGGGCUCAGUCCCCAGAGCUCCGACAGGCACUGCAAACGCAGAGCACAGUUGACCCGGAUGACAUAUUCGGAGCGAUCCGGCCGCUGCGAAUGGAGGAGUUGUUCAGGACGAGGCAGAGCCGGUUUAGAGCACGAACAAGUUCAGCGAAUUGGUCGGGUUCAGACCGACUGACGGUUGAAGAGGAACGAGAGUAUGCCCGUCGCAUGGGAUUUACCAAACAUACAUCCUGA